UUCCCCGACUAUCAGUUUCCCCUUUUUAUCUUCUUCCUGAUAAUCAAAUGAACCAACGAAGCGCGAAGCAGAUCGAUCAACUCCCCAAGACAACGUCGGAACGCCUUCAUCAUUUCAGACUACUGAAUGGAAAUCAACUCUCUGGCUCCUUGCUUGAUGAAAUUGGAUUUCUUCCAAACUUAGACAGGAUUCAAAUAGACCAGAAUAAGAUUUUUGGACCUUUACCUAGUUCAUUUGCAAAUUUGAAUAUGACAAAACACUUCCAUAUGAAGAACAAUUCACUUAGUGGACAAAUUUCACCUGAACUAUAUAGGCUGCCUAAACUUGUUCACAUGUUGCUUGAUAACAAUAACUUAUCAGGGUAUCUUCCACCAGAGCUUGCAGCCCUUCCACAGCUUCUAAUUCUGUAAGUUUUAUUGUCUUCAUUUGUCAUAUCUCAUCAUAAAUUAUAUGUUUGCAUAACUUUUUAUUUAUGUUUCUGAAGCUGUAAUAUUUUAUGAAAGUGAGUAGUUUGCAUUCGAUGAUAGGCAAAUGCAAUUUCGCGCUGUGAGGUCAUUUAACUUUCUUAACAUUGUUUCAAUUGGUUAAUCAUGCAGAGGUUGUUAGUUAA